AAAACUGUGUUUUGGGGACACACCUACUGAUACCAUGUGGGCUGGGUCAGCGAUUGACCAAUGAGGAGGCUGGAAGGUGGUGGGUUUGUGGAUUGGUUUCUAAAUUGCUGUUGUCUGAAAGCUAAAAUGAGAAAUUUCCUAAUUUACAGCUGGCAUAAAUGUGACCUUGUUAAAAAAGGCUUACAGUUCCGAUGCCUUGGGAUGUAAAUCUGUAAAUGAUAUAGCCUUGGAUUUUCAGUAGACACACCUUGAAUCAGUUAUUAAUUUAGCUGUCUUUGGCAUGGUCCUCUGUGGCUUAGACAUUCCAAUGAAGCUCAUAAUUGCUAAGAACCAUUCAUUUCCAUGGUUCGGAAUGGAUAUUGGUGGAACAUUGGUUAAACUGGUCUACUUUGAACCAAAAGACAUUACGGCUGAAGAGGAACAGGAGGAAGUAGAAAACCUGAAAAGCAUUAGGAAAUACUUGACUUCCAAUACAGCCUAUGGUAAAACUGGCAUUCGCGAUGUCCAUCUUGAACUGAAAAACUUGACCAUGUGUGGACGCAAAGGGAAUUUGCACUUCAUCCGCUUUCCAACUUGUGCCAUGCAUAGGUUCAUACAGAUGGGUAGUGAAAAGAACUUCUCUAGCCUGCACACUACUCUUUGUGCCACGGGAGGCGGGGCUUACAAGUUUGAAGAGGACUUCAGAACGAUUGCUGACCUGCAGCUCCAUAAACUGGAUGAGCUGGACUGCUUGAUCCAGGGCCUGCUGUAUGUUGAUUCUGUUGGGUAUAAUGGCCAGCCAGAGUGCUAUUAUUUUGAAAAUCCCACGGAUCCUGAACAAUGUCAGAAAAAGCCUUACUGCCUUGAUAAUCCAUAUCCAAUGUUGUUGGUUAACAUAGGCUCAGGGGUCAGCAUCCUAGCAGUGUAUUCCAAGGACAACUAUAAAAGAGUUACAGGGACCAGUCUCGGAGGUGGAACGUUCCUGGGCCUGUGCUGUUUGCUGACUGGCUGUGAGACUUUUGAAGAAGCACUAGAAAUGGCAGCUAAAGGAGACAGCACCAAUGUCGAUAAACUGGUAAAAGAUAUUUAUGGGGGAGACUAUGAACGAUUUGGCCUUCAAGGAUCUGCUGUAGCAUCAAGCUUUGGCCACAUGAUGAGUAAAGAAAAAAGAGAUUCCAUAAGUAAAGAGGACCUGGCCAGAGCUACCUUGGUCACUAUCACCAACAACAUUGGCUCCAUUGCUCGCAUGUGUGCAUUGAAUGAGAACAUUGACAGAGUGGUGUUUGUAGGAAACUUUCUCAGAAUCAAUAUGAUCUCUAUGAAGGUGCUAGCGUACGCUAUGGAUUAUUGGUCCAAGGGACAGCUGAAGGCUCUAUUUUUGGAACAUGAGGGUUAUUUUGGAGCUGUUGGGGCCCUUCUGGAAUUGCUUAAAAUGCCAGAAAAUCAGUGACAAAGCCAACUGGAAGUAGAUACCUGUCAAAGAUGCUGCUGGAUAGAAUGAAAGUCACUAUAAAGAUGGAAAUGAAGCCAUUAUGGCAGUUCUACCUGCUGGAUUUGUAAAUAAUUUAAAAUCCUUUUAGCUGAUCUCUAACUUUUGGGUUUUGACCUUAUACUUCAAAAUUCAUACUGGGAAUAACAAGGUUUUUUUCUGUAUACUGUAUUUUGGGGGGGAUGGGGGGGGACUGUGCAAUGUGGCCAAACAUGCAGAUUUUAUGGAUUGAUUUUAAAAAGUGCAUACUGUUUAAAAAAGGACCUAUACUAUGAGAGACCUACAUUUCUUCUGGGGUUUACUGAUUAGUGUGGUAAUUUUAACUUCAUCUAGUAAUCACUCUAGGAGAUUUUUAUCUUAUAUUUUUCAUGAUGUUUCAUGAUUUACUCUUGGUUUCAAAUGAAACUACAAAGCUGGCACAUUUUACUGUGAACACUAAACUAAUUGAUUUUGUUGCCUUCACUUUUUUUAUUUAAAAAGAUACUCUUCCCUCUCAUCUCUCCUGCAAAAAGAUGCCCUUUCUUUGACUACGUGUGUUUGUUAAUGAAGAGACACUAGCAGACACACUGAGAUGAGGAUAAGAUUUGUGUAGUCACUGGCACCUUUUGAAGUCAUGAACGUGAGUUAACUGCUCAUUGUGGCACCAAAGCCCCUUGCAUUUUGGCCUAUUCCUUUCUGAAAUUUUUGAUUACUGGGUCAAAACUAAAACAAAAUCUUGUUAUGGUAAAACUCAUCUGUAAAAAGAGUUCUACGGUACAGAUAUUAUUUAUACAGUAUAUACUUAGCAUUAGAAAAUAACAAGGGAGCGUAAUUUCAAUAUGUCUGAGGACGUUACUGUAGUAAUUACGUAGCUUUUUAAAUUUUGUCUUCAUCAGAUUUGUUGUUGUUGUUCAAAUCACACUUUCUAAAAUUAAAACCAAUACUUAUUGUAUCAUAUAUUGAAUUAGGAACUAAAGUUUAAUUUUGCCUCCAGGACUUGGUAAAGUCUGAGUAUUUUUUCCUAAAUCAUUCUGUCUUAGAAAUCUGUAUUUGAAAUACAUCCUUUUUCAUGUGUCACAUGAUGUACAGGGUCCAUCGGAGGGACAGUAUAAUUUUAGGGAGCAUGUGUUCUCUGAUGUAUUUUGAUUUUGUUUUUUUGUUUCUGAACACAGUCGUUAAUUUCCAUCUCUCUCAAACCUUGGCUAAAUUGAUACUAACAGAAGUGUUGACUUGUCUGCUAUAAAUAAAGCCCUUUACUGUGUGAUGGUUUUUAAUGUAUCUGUAGAAUUCAUUUCUUUAAACCGAACUAUAUAAAGUACAUAGUAGUGUUUAA